GGAAAUCGAAAUCGAAAAUUGCCAACUUGCUUUCAUUUUUCUUUGCAUUUGUAUGCAGCAAGCAGACAACACCUGUAGUACCCUUUUCUUCUUUUUGUUUGCCUUUUUCUCCCUUUCAAAUUGAAUUUGCAUCUUUCGUUUUCAAACAUUUCGUCCACGAAGCAUUUAUUAAUUAUUAUUUCAGAUUUCACUAAUGCAGCAAGCGACAGAAAUCGUGUGGCCGGAAACACCAGAAUUCGGAGUCAGCCCCAUCAACCUCUUCGUCCCCACGUGGACCUACAGCGACCGGUACAACGGGCAACCCAUAGUGCCGCACAUACUACUGGGCCCAUAUCACCUUGUUCGGCGUGCCGAAUUCUUACAGCUCAACAGCAUCCACCAUAUCCUCUGCAUCCGCGAUCCCUCUGAGCAGCUCUUCCUACGGGAAAUAGCGACUAACCCGCCGACAGAGUUCCACAUAAUCGAUGUGCCCGCGAUUAUCAUCCCGCACUUUAUACAAGCCAACGCCAUGCUCGCUGGUAUGGUCAGGGUGGGCAGAACUGAUGGAAUCGAUAAGAGUGCGUCAUUCGUGGCGGCGUAUUUGAUGAAUACGUUUGCACUUCAGGCGGUGGACGCAGUGACGUUUGUGCAGAAUCACAGGUAUUGCGCGACGCCAUCGCCGGGUGGGUAUAAGAUCAAGUUGUCAGAGUAUGAGCCGAUCUGCGCGGCACAGAGGAGCAGUGCCGGUAAUAGUGGGCAGGAGGAUGCAAAUGUUACGAGGAGGCGCGAUAGUGAGGAUGAAGGUAGCGAGUAUAUGGAUAUAGCGGCUGAUCCUAUGGUCCCAGUCGAGGCGCGGCCAAUUGCCGGCAAGCGGCUAAUUAAGCGUGCGCGGUGAGACCAAAAUUUGUAAAGUUUUUUAAAUAAGGUUUAACCAAUAGUAUUAAUAUUUUUAUAGCAAAUAAUUUAAGUUUUACAUAAAAAAAAAAA